AUGGCAACCACGGAAGAAUGGCAAUGGAAGUAUCCCGAUGUUGAAUCAUCACAGGAUUAUCACAGCACUAUUGUCAUUAUGUUUACGUCUGGAACAACUGGGGAGGCCAAGGGUGUUGAAAUUUCUCACUGCAACUAUAUCGCCGCGGCCGUUUCUUAUGCGCAUCGAGUAUCUCUUCAUCCCGAAUGGGCAUAG